CGGUGCUGCAAAGUGGGUUCCUGAUCGUUGAAUGUUUUGCAGUUUCUCUAUUCUUGGUUUUGCAAUGUAUUGAUAAGAACGAUAGCUCGAAAAUGGAAACGAUAGCGUCUUCAAGUCAUCUCUAUGCAGCGCAAAUCAAGGAGUACGGAUACUUUUUGAAAGACUACGACCAAAAGCUGGCCCAACUGCAGCUGCCCACAACCUCCAAUGGCGCUGUGCCCAGCAUCGUACGAUUGAAAUUUGCCUGCGAAAAUGAGAAACUUUCCACCGCUCGCAUGAUAGAAAACAACGGCGUUGGAAAACCGAGCAGCCAAACCACCAACUCGAACGGCAGUAGCAGUAGCAGCAAUGUACCGUUGCACAAAAUCCUGUCCACAUUCGGGCAGUUGUGCCGGGAAAUCGAUUGUCUUGAGUACGAAAUCCGCUCACUUGUGCGGAGCAUCUAUGAACGAACGGAGCCGUUUCGCGCGACAGGAGGCGAUGGUGGUGUUUCCGAUUGUGCCCCGCUGAUGUGGAUUGCGCAGAAUAUGGACCUGAUGGCAACGGUGCAGUGCCAUUACGAGCGUUUGCGUGACGUCGGUGUGCUUCUGCUUCGACAGAUCGGUGCUUUUUUCGACGAGGAAGCAUCCUACGGCAGGGGAAGACGAACGAAAAAGAACGGGUUGGAUGGUAAGAGUCCUCCGUCGCUGGAAGUUGAUUACCUAUUUGACUACAUCGGAAGACUGCUACGCAUCACACUCGAGCUCGACCACAUCAUCUGGAAGACUUCACUGAAAAGCCACUGGCGGGCGUUUGGACAAAAGCUUCGUCAACCAACGAAAACGGCCUUGCCGCAAAAUAAGCCUGGAUACCGGGACCUUCUGUUCGUGUGCCAAGCGAUAGGUUUCUGGAUCGGCGAUGAAAGCACGCCCGACGUGACCGGCGAGAAGCGGGUGCUUGAGGCACUCUACAGGGUGAAAACCAAAUUCGAUCCAGUCUGUUCUGGCGAGGCGUUCAGUGAUCGGUUUAUGAAGUUUUUAAAGCGUAAGUUUGCUACUCUUGCUGCCGAUCUAAGAGUGGCCCCAGCACACGGGGCAGAGGUGACGCAAUCGGACGGUGUGAUCGGAGUGAAUAUUUUGCUCAACUUUGCGCUACACCUGUUUCUGCCCAUCGAACAACGAAUGAUGAAAAGUCUUUGCGAGCUGAAUAUGAAGUUCCCGUUGAUUCCCCUUGAAGACAACUUUCCCUGGCUUCCGGACGAGUUCGUACAGGAGCAGGGACACAAACUGUUGCGAGACUAUGAUGCCAGUGCGGCACCGAUCUCCGUCAGUACGCCCGUUGCAAACUCGUCCCACGACUACGAUAGGGCACGGGACGGACAGCUCCAGGCACUGGAGAAAUCCUCUGUUUCAGCAAUCCUUUGCCUGCACGCCGCCAGCUGGUUGGUUGAGGCGCAUGUACAGCUAAGAAACCGUCCGCCGGGAACCGCAAAAGAGGAAGGAAAUUUUACGCUGGAAAAGCUACGCCUGAAGUGUGCCCUGCUGCUCGAGGGAAUUCGUCUAGUGCACCGGAUGGAGCACGUUCUGCGUACCCUACACGACCUGUACGGCCGAACACCCACAGAGAAAACGGACCGGCUGAUCCUGUACCGCCGGAUGGUGGUUGAAUUUCUUCUGUCGUCCACUCACCGCUCGGCCACGGUGCCUUGUCUGCAGUUUAUCAUUCAACACCAGCAGCACAAAAUCCAUACCAUCAUCAGUAGUGCCAAGAAAAAAUUACUCCGUGAGGCCAAAGAAUCGAAAACACCGGCCGGCGGUUCGCUGUGGCUCGAGAAGCUCUCGACGAUCGACGUGUUGGAAAAAUGUCUACACGGCCCCGCCACACCGGAUCGCGUCGGAUUGGCCCAACUAACGAUCUGCCUUUGCCAUGGCGAAGUGAGCGGAACGCAGCUUCUUCCCCUUUCGGACGAUGCGUUCCAAAAGGUGGCCUCCCUGCUCGAGCGGCUCACGACGUUUAUCGCCUGGGAGCGGGAGUGCGAUCGAAGGGAUGUGGUCGGCAAGUUUACGGCCCUGCUCAGUGGUUCCGCCCGGCAGUCCGUCCUCCUCUCGUCUAGCGUCGUCCCGAUGAGCAACCGUAUCGAGGCGUUCAUUCGCUGGGACUUUCACGGCAAGUGGCACCAGAUCGAGCCGUUUGAUCCGUUUCACGACGGAACGGCGGACGGAAAUGGAUCACUAGCUGCUGCUGACCAGAAUCACACCCAGAAGCUAGUAUUUGCGUAUCUGCGCACGAAUCUCACACUGGAGGGGGAGCUGGAUGUCGGUGGCUGUAGUGGAAAGUGGUUCAGUGCGCGUCACUCGGUUGCACAGCAUUUGAGCGAUGUGUUCUACACCUUGUCGACGAUCUCGCCGUCUGAGUGGCGCAUUUACCGUGAGAUGCGUACGAUUGUCGAUCGGAAGUACGGUGUGCGGUUGGUGGACGAUCAGCUGCCGCGCACUACGGCCGAGGAUCGGCGGGGUCCACGUGGCCACGGACAGGACGACGACAUUCUGGCGCUGAUGGAGGACUUUGAAACGUUCAUUGGCUCGUACGGGUACGAUCUGCAUGGACAGUUGUUCAUCGAGCGCCAACUGGCGGCACCGGCCGGCGGUGGACCUACCGGCGGAGGGGUGGUAAAUGUUGUUAAAAUCGAACACAUUGCUAACUCCAUCAAGCGACACGGACCUGGAAUUAUCAGCACGGUGGUAAACUAUGCGUUCCAAUUCCUACGGCAGAAGCUGUUCACCUUCUCUCACUUCCUGUACGACGAACAAAUACACUCACGGUUGGCGGCCGAUGCGAAAAAGUUGUCCACCGAAAGUACCGAUGGUGCUGGCACUGCGUCUACGGGCGCUUCUACUGUCCCGACACCUAGCUACACGUACGACCGUGCGCUCGCCUUUAACCGGCGCAUCCGCAACCUGGGCCUCUCCGACGAUGGCGAAACGUACAUCGAUCUGUUCCGAAAGUUGAUCUGUCAAAUCGGAAACGCGAUGGCAUUCGUACGUCUGCUGCAUUCCGGAGCCUUGCACGAAUGUACCGGUGCCGCCGAAUUUCUUUCGAACCCAUCAAUGUCGGACGAGCAAGACGGUACAGAUUCGUACGGACAACCGGAGGGACCACACGACACUUGCAGUCACAAAUCGGCCGUCACUGUUUGGAAGCAGGAUAUGGCCGCCGUUCGGGCCAGCUGGAGGUUGGAGAAUGAGUUCUUUCGGUUGCUUCUCAAUGCGUUUGAUGGAUUCCGUCGGCGCCGGGCGGACCAGCAGAAGGACGGUGGGGAGUCAGCGCAGGCGGACAAUUUCGCCCAUCUCGAGCUAUUCUAUCUGAUCAUACCACCGCUUACGAUCAGCUACGUCGAGGCCAUGCUAAAGGCAAAGGAAACGAUAGCGAAAAAGGAUCGCCACGGCACGUUCCUUCCCACCGACGAUGGGUUCGUAAUGGGACUAUCGUAUUUGCUGACGUUGCUGAACCAAACCGCCGCUUUCAAUUCGCUGCACUGGUUUAAGGAGGUGCACACCAAAUACGCACGCGAGAUGGCCAAAUUGAACCAACAGUCGGCCGGCACACACCACCUGCUGCAGCAAUCUUCGACGCUAGACAGCGCCACCGACGAGAAAAUGCUCCCAACGGUGUCACUCACUCGGAAGCGGCUGAACGCCAUGCAGCACGAGUUUGAGCUGCUUCAGUACAAUCUGUCCAGUUCAAAGAUUUUCUUCAAAUAAUUCUACGAGGUCGGACGAAGUGCAACACAGGACUCUUCGCGACUAGGACACUUUGUGCAAAGAAACAUUCCCGUGUCAGUUUUACGGUUUUAUCAAAUGUCUUUCCGAUUUAUUAUGUUUUAAUAAAAUGUUGCGAAAUGUUAUGGGUUUCCUAAA